CACAGAGCUCCUCUGAGUCGUGCAAGUAUUUGUACGUGCAGUCAGUCAGGGGACGAGCAAGAUUAUGGCGAGAGUAGUAUCUAACGAGGCUUUGGAAAAGUUCCUGAAGGCAGAAUUGCCCACAAACCUGCUUGAGUACACUGGGCAUUUUGGUGGAGGAUGUAUCAAUGAGGGACAAAGUUUCAAGACGGACUUGGGAGUCGUUUUCGUGAAAACCAACAAGAAAGAUGGAUCUAGGUUGAUGUUUGAAGGCGAGUACAAUUCCCUUGAUGCUAUCAAGAAAUCUGGAACAGUUCGUGUCCCUAACCCCAUAAAGGUUCUUGAUCACCCAGAAGGCACAGGAGCAAUGCUGGUCAUGGAACACUUGGAUCUUAAGAGCUUGAAGAACCACCAGUUCCAAGCAUUACUAGGACUACAGCUUGCUAGGUUGCAUCUGCAAAACAUAGACAAGUUGAGUAAAGGUAGCAAUGAUGCUGUUGCCAAGUUUGGUUUCCAUACAACUACUUGCUGUGGAUAUUUAUCAAUGUCAAAUGAAUGGACAGAUGACUGGGUGACAUUYUAUGUUAACAAUAGAUUGGAAUCUCAGAUCUCCAAACUCCUUUCAGAGCAUGAUGACCAGGAACUGAAAGAAUUGUGGACAAAAUUGAAAGCAAAGAUCCCCCAUUAUUUUGAGGGUUUGGAUGUCAAACCAUCAUUACUUCAUGGUGAUCUUUGGGGAGGAAACAUUGGAGAGAUUGAAACAGGGCCAGUAAUAUUUGAUCCAGCUUCAUUCUAUGGACAUCAUGAAUUUGAGUUGGCAAUUGCUGGUAUCUUUGGAGGAUUUAGUGCMGAAUUCUAUAGUUCUUAUCAUCAAUUGAUUCCUAAAGCAGAUGGAUUUGAUGACCGUCACCAUCUUUAUCAGUUAUUCCAUUACUUGAAUCACUGGAAUCACUUUGGCAGCAGCUACAGACCAUCAGCAAUCAGUAUCAUGAAGUCUCUAACAGCCAUUCAGUAGUUAGGCAAUACUAAUAAACUUCUUCUUGAUUAUCAAAAGUAGAGCAAAUCGUGUAUUUYCAUGUAUAAUUUAGUGCAAAGUAUUCUAUUUUUGUCCCCCAGAUGACUCUCUGCUCUGUKGUUGCAUCUGUAGACAUUACAAAAUGUCAAUAAUUAUUAUAGAUAUUUUAUAAAAUAUAUCACCUGAUCAAACAAGUUUUUACCCUUUUUUAUAAAAUUUAUUAAAUGCAAAUAUUGCCAGUGUUGAGUGAAGGGUUUUGAUAGAGAAAAAAAAAAGACUUAACAAUACUUUAUAAUUAACUUGAUAUAAAUGAAAAUUCCCUGCUGUCUAUACACUUACAAUUAUUACUAGAGUGUCUCAAAGAGGCUGUGAAAUAUGAAGUCUAUUUAGAUUUUGUCCUUUACUGUAUGCAUUCAUUUGAAGAUUGUUUAAGGGUCGUGGAAGAGAUUUAAUAACAUAUAUAGAAAUUUAGAGAAUUAAAAAAAAAUGGUGUAUUUUA